AUGCUUGCUACUGGAGUUCUAGUGUUUGCGUUUCUUAAUGUAGUCCAAACUUCCUCUCUGUCUGUGGUAACAGAUGAUGAAACAAAAAACUUAACUAGUCUCAACCUUGAUACAUUGGAUUCUAACAAUGUGGACGUAUUUAGACAGCUUCUAAACCAGGAAACCAUCAUCAGAAUGACCUUGGUCAAGAAUGUUCACGCACUAAUGAAAGAUAUGCUGACAUUACAAGAAAAACUAACUGUGGCCGAAAACAAGAUUUCCACAAUUCAAACAUCGACUGAUCAAGAAAUAUCGUUACUUAAAAAAGAGAUAGAUAUAUUACAAACGGAGAAUUCUUUUUUGAAAAAUCACAGUGCCUUCUGUAAAAAUGAUUUAGAGAAGCUUAAUGAAAACUUGGAUAAUGUUACAAAAAGUCUAACCGAUGUGAAAGUUGAGGUUAGGUAUUUGACUAUUACGUUAUUUGAUAUUAAUGAUCGCUAUCGUGAAAUGGAAAAGCUGCUUCAGUGUUUUAAUGUAUCUACGGAGAAUAUAAAAUCAGAAAUAGAAGACAACGACCAAAAACAAUCAACAGCACUCUUGGAAAUGAAAACGCAACAUAUGAAAACUAUUGAAAAAAUCCAUAACACAACACGGGCUCUUAAGGCGGAUAUUAACCAAUAUCAAAUGGACCAUUUGAAGUUAUCAGCUUCUGUGUCAUCUUUGGAACUUUUCCGUAAUAACCAGACAAGCAUUAAAUGUGAUCCAAAACAAGAAGUAGCUUUCACUGCUGCAGUAACAUCAUUGAGUACAACUUGGAAUAGCGGGACUUUGAUGUUCAAUGUGGUUCUAACGAAUGUCGGAAAUGGAUACAACCCCAGCACAGGGGUUUUCACCUCCCCCGGGGAAGGUACUUACGUAUUCUAUGUCAGUGCUCUUGAAUAUCUUCAGCAGUAUCUAGGAUUAGAAAUAGUACUGAACAACGUGCCGAAAGUCAGACUGAUCGGUGAGAGCGCUGCUGCAUACCAGACAGGAACUAACAUGGUCGUUUUGAAUCUCCAAAAGGGAGACAGUGUCUGGGUGAGACAUCAUCACGGAAAAGGCUAUUACAGUCAUAGCAUACCAGUUACAACUUUUUCAGGGUUUCUUCUUCCCUCAUAAAAGAUGAUAUACCAAAUCAAUUUUUGUGGCCUCUUUCUUCUAAGCUGCUUUUUAUAUUUUAAUAAUUUUAUAACAAAAUUGAUUAAAUUUACACGUUUCACAAAAUAUUUAAAAUGAAUCAUUUUCAAAACUUUAAUCAUUAGAUGAUAAGUCGUGUUUGUUUCUACAAUUUAAUGGAUAUAUUUGUGGUGUUUAUAACUAUGAUACUAUUAUAUUAGUAUAUAUUAGUAUUACUAUUAUUAUAUUUUAAUUAUUCAAAAACGAGUAAAAAAGUACAUAAGAUUUGUUAAACACUGCAAAAAAAAAAAACUCCAACACAGACAUGUGUAAUAUUGUUCGUCAAAUGCCUGGUUUAUGUGUUUGUAUGUCUCUUUCUAGAAGAAUAUAUCUGAGAGAGAGAGAGAGAGAGAGAGAGAGAGAGAGAGAGAGAGAGAGAGAGAUUCAUCAGAAAAUAUCCCGUGCGUAAAUUAUUCCCUCUGUUUCUUACAACAAUCAAUUGUGAUUCAAACAUAGAUGGCAAAAAGACACGCGAUCCAGUGAAAUAGUCUACAAGUCGUUGUA